AUGACCAGUCUGAAGCGUUCUCAGACAGAGCGCUCAGUUGGCGGCUCAGUGCCGGCCUCUGAUGAGUUCUACACCCGACGCCUGCGACUGCCCAAUGGAGGAGCGCCACCACCCCGUAGCGAGAGCGCCCACAUCUCCUCUUCCUCUACCACCGGUACCAACCCCGGCGUCCCCAAGAUGGGGGUUCGGGCCCGCGUGGCUGACUGGCCCCCAAGGAAAGAUGGGGGAGGAGGGGGAUCAGGAAGUGGAGAUAGAGAAAGACUUGGAGGAGGGGGAGGAGGAGGAGGAAGUGGAAGUGGUGGUAGUGGUAGUAGUGGCAGUGGUAGUGGAGGGGUGUCAGCUGUCACAGCCCACAGUAAUCUGUCAGCUAAGCUGGGUCACCUGAUAAGCCCACAGGACUCAUCCAUGCUGCGCAACAUCCACAACACACUUAAGAACAAGAUGCAGAGCAAGGGAAAGGACAAUCGCUUCCUGUCACCAGAUGGCUAUCUGGGCUCACCUCGCAAAGGCAUGAGGCGUAUCCGCCAGCGCAGUAACAGUGAUAUAACCAUUAGUGAGCUAGAUGGGGACGGCAAUGAGGGCUGGUCCUUCUCAGGGUGGACCCCCAUGCACCGCGAGUAUGGCAGCACUUCAUCCAUAGAUAAACAUGGUGUGUCAGGAGAGAGCUUCUUUGACAUGCUAAAGGGAUAUCAGUCCUCUGAGGCCCCUGAUCAGCGAAGCCCAGCUCCAGAGAGGCUAACAGAGCUCCUUACUGUGGCCCCCAUAAAACAGGCUGCCCUUGACCUACCAGAUGGACCUUUAGGUCCAGCUAGAGGUAGUCCUGCCAGUCGGCUGAAGGAACGAGAGAAGCACUUGAAGAGGAGGUCAAAGUCAGAGACGGGUGGAGAGUCGAUAUUCCGAAAGCUGCGCAGUGUGAAGGUGGAGGGUGACACAUCGAGGGCUGGCUCCGAUGCUGAAGAUGGGGGGAAAGGAGAUGAGAGUGGCCCGCCUCCCAAACCCUGGGUGUGUCAAAAAGGCUUUGCCCAUUUUGAUGUUCAGUCUCUACUCUUUGACCUCAAUGAGGCAAUCCAAAGUCGGCAUUCUGGGUCCAAGCGCAAGAACACCACAACCGGUGCCUCGGCUGCUGCUGCUGCCUCUGCUUCAGCCACGUCCUCCCUCUCCUCCAAUCAGAGUGGAGUGUAUGGGUCACCCUGUGGCUCACAGGAAGAGUUGAGCAAGGAGGGGGCAGGAGGAGGACACCCUUCCAACCCCGCCUUGGACCCUGGUGAUGACAAGAGCAAUGAUCUGGUGCUCAGCUGCCCUUGUUUCAGGAAUGAGAUUGGGGGAGAGGGUGAAAGGAACAUCUCUCCUGCUAAACAGGGCAGCAUAGGCAGUGGUGGGAGCUCAAGCAAUUCUUCCAGCAGCACAGAGGAAGGACCUUUGGAUGCCACACUCACUACUCAUUUUACCAACGCUGGUGUUGCUGUGUUGGAGGCACCCAAGGACGGACCAAGCCAACAUGCUGACAGGUCCAAACGAUACAUUGUGGAACAUGUUGACCUCGGCGCCUAUUACUACCGAAAGUACUUCUACCUCAGAGAACACUGGAACUAUCUGGGGGUCGACGAGAACCUGGGCCCAGUGGCAGUGAGUCUGAGGAGGGAGAAGCUGGAAGAACACAAGGAGCAUGGCCAGCAGUACAACUACAGGGUCAUCUUCAGAACGAGUGAGCUAAACACCCUGAGAGGCUCCAUCCUGGAAGACGCAGUACCCUCCACAUCCAAGCAUGGCCUAGCUCGAGGUCUGCCCCUCAAAGAGGUGCUAGAGUACCUGGUGCCUGAGCUGAAUGCUCACUGCCUGCGCCUGGCACUCAACACACCGAAGGUCACCGAGCAGCUGAUGAAGCUGGACGAGCAGGGGCUGAGUUUCCAGCGGAAGGUGGGGGUGAUGUACUGCAUGGCAGGCCAGAGCAGCGAGGAGGAGAUGUACAACAACGAAUCAGCUGGUCCUGCACUAGAGGAGUUCCUUCAUCUACUUGGGGAGAGGGUCAGACUCAAAGGCUUCACCAAGUACCGAGCUCAGCUGGACACCAAGACUGACUCGACGGGCACCCACUCCUUAUACACCACUUACAAGGAUUAUGAGAUCAUGUUCCAUGUGUCUACCAUGCUGCCCUACACACCCAACAAUAAGCAACAGUUACUGCGGAAGCGUCAUAUUGGGAAUGACAUUGUCACGAUUGUGUUCCAAGAACCCGGUGCACUUCCCUUCACUCCCAAAAACAUUCGCUCACACUUCCAGCAUGUCUUUGUGAUUGUGCGGGCACACAACCCCUGUUCUGACAACAGCUCCUACAGUGUGGCGGUCACUCGUUCCAAAGACGUGCCCUCAUUCGGCCCCCCAAUCCCAGAGGGUGUCACCUUCCCCAAGUCCUCUGUGUUCCGGGACUUCCUGCUGGCCAAGGUCAUUAAUGCAGAAAAUGCUGCUCACAAGUCACACAAGUUCCGUGCCAUGGCCACCCGAACACGCCAGGAGUACUUGCGUGACCUGGCUGAGCGCCACACCACCAGCACGCCCAUUGACCCCUCUGGAAAGUUUCCUUUCAUCUCACUGGCCCACAAGAAGAAAGAGAAGAGCCGGCCGUACGGAGGGGCAGAGCUACGCAGCCUGGGGGCGGUGACCUGGCUGGUCCAUGCUGAGGAUCAUGGGACUGGAGGGGAACUGGAGGGUCUUCUGGCCAUGUCCAAUGACUUUCUCAUCCUGUUGGACCAAGAUGCCAAGGCUGUGGUGUUCAACUGUGCCACAAAAGACGUGAUUGGCUGGACGCUGAGCAGCCCUGCGUCUUUGCGGAUUUUCUAUGAGCGGGGAGAAAGUGCGUCUCUGAGGAGUAUCAGUAAUAACACUGAGGAUUUCAAAGAAGUGGUCAAACGUCUAGAGCUCCUGACUAAAGGCUGUGAGACAUCAGAGAUGACACUUCGUCGAAAUGGCCUGGGGCAGCUUGGCUUCCACGUGAACUAUGAAGGCAUCGUGGCUGAGGUGGAGCCGUACGGCUACGCCUGGCAGGCAGGACUGCGGCAGGGAAGCCGAUUGGUAGAAAUCUGCAAAGUUGCUGUAGCAACACUGACCCAUGAGCAGAUGAUCGACCUCCUGCGGACCUCAGUGACAGUGCGUGUUGUUAUCAUCCCACCACAUGAUGACGCCACUCCACGCAGAGGCUGUUCAGAGCUCUAUCGAAUGCCUGUGUCAGAAUACAAGGGCAGCAGCAGCGAUAGUGGCUCCUUCGAAUACAAGUUCCCCUUCCGUAGCAACAACAACAAAUGGCAGAGGACGUCCAGCAGCCCUCAGCAGUCACUGACUGCCUCGCCACAGCCCCACACGCCCAACCGCGCUAUCAGCCUGGGUAGUUCUGUGGGGAAGACGCUGUCAGCUGAGAGGCUGGAGAGAGGCGCCGUCAUCCCACGCAGCGUCAGCAGUGAUGGUCGACCCCUGGACACCAAAAGGAUGUCUCCGGGCAGUGAAAGCUACAGCCUGGCCUCCUCCCUGGCGUUGGGUCGCUCCCCUCACAAUCGGAGCUCUCCAAGCAACUUGUCUUGUUCCAGUGACGCCUCCGGAAGCUCUGCUCAUUGGAGACAGAAGUCCAUGCCUGAGCAGUUUGCAGGCAGCCGCCAUUCUCCCAUGUCUGCGGAGAGACGAGAGGUGGUCGGAGACGGCGGGUGCAGUGGGAAGUCCACUCCCAAUUGGUCAAGAAUGGAGGAAGGGGGAGGAGCAGAACGAGGGUCAACAGAGGCCCCAGUCUCCAAGUCUGGUCAAGGCUACUCUGGAGCUCCUCGCAUCCAGAGGCAAGAGCAGGUCAUCCACCUGUCCCCGAAGAAGGGCAGCCAGUCCGACGGCCCUUACUCUGGUCACUCCAGCAGUAACACUCUAUCCAGCACAGCUUCCAGUGGGGGCCACAGUGACAGUGAUAAAUGGUAUGAACUGGGAGUGGGCGGAGGCUCCGGCGGUGACCAGGGCGAUACAGAGCCCAAUGGCCUGGGAGGAGGAGGUUAUCUCCAGGGGGCGUCGGCCGACAGUGGCAUUGACACCAGCUCCUACGGAGCCUCGCACCACGCCCACCCACACUCUCAUCAUGGCAGCGCCACCUCCCUGCUGGCUCCCAGCGGAAGCAGAGAGAGCAGGGAGCGGUCAGCGUCUCCGUGGCACAGCCCCACGGAGGGAGGCCGCAGGAUGCUGGAGAGGUCGCCUGCUGCUGCUGAGUCCCCGGGCCCUCCAGGAGAAAGGAGCCUGGACGGGACAGGCCGAAGCCCACCUACUCAUCUCCUAGUUCGAGAUAGCAGCACCUACAGUCUGAGUGAUGCUGGUUCGCACUCAAGCGCCAGGCACUCAGGCCACAGCUCCCCCAGAGAGGAGUCAUCAUCUUCGGCCACCUCUCCUUCAUCCCAGUCCUCAGUGUCCCCAGGGCCCAAGAGCUUCUACCCUCGUCAGGGAGCUCAAUCCAAGUACCUGAUUGGCUGGAGGAAGCCGGGCUCAACCAUCAAUUCUGUGGACUUUGGAGAUACACGCAAGAAGUCUCCAGGAGAGAGUGGAGGGGAGGUUGUUCCAACACCUGCAGCCAGGCCCUCUCUGCGGGAUAUGCACUCGCCCCAGCCUCAUGCUAAAUCAACUAUGGAGGAAGACGUGAAGAGGCACAGUGCCCCAGACAGCCCCCCACCACCGCGCAGACACAAGGAAAAGAAAUCGCCACCAGGCCAGCCCCUCAGUCGCCGUCGCUCACUCCAUCGCACUCUGUCAGAUGAGAGCAUCUAUCGCGGACAGCGCCUUCCCCCCCUGAGCGACACGGUAGCUGAACCGGCACUCGGCGCCGACGUUCUCUUCAGCUGUUCCACCCUCCCACGUUCACCCACCACCCGCGGGGUGCCCCUUCGACGGCCCUCCUACAAGCUAGGUGUCAAACUCCAUGGUGACCUUUCGGCAUCCGACACAUCACUGGUGGAUUUGGUGGAGCGUCACCGUGGACCCCUCCCUCAGGAGCUGAUGCCCCUCCCCUCCUCAGACAGGGACAGCCCUCUAGAGUGGACGCACUUGGUGGAUGUGGCCAGUACCUUUGAGAGUGAGAGAAACACACACUAUGUUCAGAGAAGUUAUGUGUUUGGGGAUUCAAACCACCGGAGCAGUGGGGCCUCCAGUCCACAGCAGCCUCACAUAGAGCUGCAGCCUGUUCCACUGUCUCGGCCGUCAUCUAGUGAGGGUCACAUAGGGCUGGAGAGGAAGGUCACUAAACUGGAGGCCAUGGUGAAGAUGCUCCAGGAGGACCUGAAGAAGGAGCGUGAAGAAAAGGUGCGGCUUCAGACUCAGAUCAAAAGGCUGUGGGAAGACAACCAGAGACUGCAGGAGGAGUCCCAGACCUCUGCUGCCAAGCUCAAGAAGUUCACAGAGUGGGUCUUCAACACCAUCGACAUGAACUGACACACCCCUGCACAUUUUAACUCGAACACACGCACGCACACAACUCAAUACAUCAGCACACACAGUCUGGACGGAUACGCAGAGGGAGGGGGGUGUCGACACUGUCAAGAAAUUGUGCGCAAGAAAAGUGGAGACCUGUUGUUAAGACCCAUUUAGUCUGAUGCUGAACCCUCCCACUUUCUUCCAUUGGCUUCAAAUAUCAGGGGGUGUUAUUGCCAGUCAGUCGCAAAUCUCCACAGACCCCUCUGUUAAACUUCUCAGGAUGAGAGUCAAGAAAAAUUGGCGUCGUUUAUCAGAUUAUGAAGGACUGACCUCUGCUCUCCUGUGGGACCACGAGAGCGUUGCUGAAUUGACCUUCCUCUCAUCUCGCUGUGCCAAAAUCCUUUUUUCGCAAAAUUGCUAACAAAGAGAAAGCUCUCCUCCUCCCUCCCUUUUUCUGAAGUCGACUUUGCCUCUUCCGUUUAUUCCAGAGGUGAACGUAAAUAAUCUCCUCACCCCCCUGCCACGUUCUCCCAGUGGACCUGCUUCUCUUUUUUAAGACGACUUUCAAUAGAUAUCUGGCCUCUUUUGUU